AUGCCAGCAGCAACUCCAGCACCACACACUAUUUUCUCCUAUCAGGGAUACGAUAUUGAUAUCGGACCAAAGAAUGCAGGUCCUCUUGUAUUGUUUUUAGGAACAACUCCAACAUUGGAAGAUGUAAAAGUUUUUGUUCAAUCACUUUAUGGCGAUUGUAAAAUAGUACCAUCUCCUCAAGAAAGAAAGGCUCUCCACAGUUCAUUGGAACAUGCUCAGCCUGAAUUCAUUCAAGGAGAUUUGAAUUUUAUUGAAAGGCCAAAGUGGCCAGGCUUGCAAUUCCCUCAACUUAGAGAAUUACAAAAGACAGAAUCAGAAAAGAAAAUUGAUGAAAUUGUAGAAUCUGAGUCACAGUCUGAAAAAUAUAAGAAUGCAUACAUGAAAGAGCUCAUUAAGAAAGCUGAGGUUGCACUCAGCUCAUUGAAUGCUGCAAAAAAGAAGCAUCAAGCAUUGAUGCUUAAGAAUGAAUUAGAUGCAUUUAGAACAGUUGCUAGAGAAUAUGGUGAGGGUUCCAGAGCUCGUGUUCAACAACAAAUUCUUCUGGAAAAUCGUUUGAAUAGUUUGGCGCUCUAA